UUUUUUUUAUUGAGAAUUGGGAAUUAGUUCCCUCCCUGCAGAAAAAAUGUAUAGUUGCUCUCACCACCUCCACCCUCACAGAUGCAGACUCUGAUACACAUCAGCCAGGAUCAUUUCAGCUCAACUUCUCUGUCUCACGUUGGCUUAAAUCAGAGCUUCUAGUGGACACCUAGCUACACGGACUUUGGUGUCAUGUUUUUGCCAAGUUAAGAAUUCAACCAUUACGUAACAGAGAAGAGACCCACAGGACUUUACAAACACAGAUUGACACCCGUCUGAGUCCUUCUCCAACGUCUCGAUCAGACAUGGUCUACUACAUCACCAAAACUGUUGGCCUGGGGUUGGUCUUGUUGGCCUCCGUUGCUAUGGUUACAACUGUAGCUCCGUCCAUUGACCACGACAGGGAGAAGGCCAUGCACCAAGGUGCAGCUGGGGAUGGAGCAGCAAGAGGCAUCCUCCAGCCUCUCACCAUCCCGGCCAAGAAGGAUGUCUGGGACCAGUACAGACUCCCAGACUCCCUCAUUCCUGUGUCCUACGAUGUGACCCUGUGGCCCCGGCUGAUGCCUGAUGACAACGGCAUGUACAUCUUCACAGGACAUUCAACCGUGCACUUCAGUUGUGUGAAGGAAACAAAUCUCCUCAUCAUCCACUCCAAAAAGCUGAACCUCACCAGCUUCGAUGGGAACCUUGCUAAGCUAACUAGCCUGACUGAAAACUCUGCACCUGCUAUUCUGAAGUCCUGGCUCGUUGUAGAGACAGAGUUUCUGGUUCUGCAGCUGCAAAAGGCACUCACAGCUGGAGCAACAUAUUCCCUUUAUACUGAAUUUGUGGGGGAGCUGGCAGAUGACCUGCAGGGCUUCUACAGGAGUGAAUACAUGGAGGAUGGAGUGGAGAAAGUUGCUGCAACCUCACAGAUGCAGGCGACGCAUGCCAGGAAGGUCUUCCCUUGCUUCGAUGAGCCAGCCAUGAAGGCUGUCUUCAAUGUUUCCAUCAUCCAUGACCCAAACACUGUGGCUCUGUCUAACGGCAGGGAAAUAGCCACUGAGGACUCUAUCAUCGAUGGCGUGCUGGUUAGAAAGACAACAUUCGAGCCCACAAGAAGAAUGUCGUCAUAUCUGCUGGCACUGAUCGUCUGUGACUUUACUAGCAUUCAGUUAACACAAAGUGAAGAUGUUUUGGUUCGAAUCUGGGCCAGAAAAAAAGCCAUCGAUGACGGACAGGGUGAAUAUGCUCUAAAAGUCACAGAGCCGAUCCUUCAGUUUUAUGAGCAGUACUACAAUGUACCGUAUCCACUCUCAAAGUCAGAUCAGAUCGCUUUGCCGGACUUCGGUGCUGGGGCGAUGGAGAACUGGGGUCUGAUCACAUACAGAGAGACGGAUCUGCUCUACGACCCCUUCAUGUCCUCCAAUGGAAACAAAGAGAGAGUGACAUCUGUGAUCGCUCAUGAACUCGCACACCAGUGGUUUGGAAACUUGGUGACUGUGCGGUGGUGGAAUGACCUGUGGCUGAAUGAGGGCUUUGCGACAUAUGUGUCGUACCUUGGAGCCGACCAUGCUGAACCCAGCUUCAACAUCAAAGACAUGAUCAUUCUUAAGGAGGUGCACAAGGUAUUUGCUGUGGACGCCCUCGCCUCUUCUCAUCCACUUACGCGCAGAGAAGACGAGGUCAAUACCCCUGCACAGAUCAGCGAGAUGUUUGACCCCAUCUCCUACAGCAAGGGAGCGUCUGUGAUCAGGAUGCUGUCUGAGUUUCUCUCCGAGCCUGUGUUUGCAAGAGGACUCAAUUCAUACCUGAACACAUUUGCUUUCAGCAACACAGUGUACAAAGACUUAUGGGACCAUCUCCAGCAGGCCGUUGACAACACACCAAAUAUGCAGAUUCCAUCUACCAUCCAUGACAUCAUGAACCGCUGGAUUCUUCAGAUGGGCUUCCCGGUGGUCACUGUCGACACUCAGACAGGAAGUAUCACUCAGAAACACUUCCUGUUGGAUCCAGACUCUGUAGUGGAAAGACCCUCUGAGUUCAAUUACACCUGGAUUGUCCCCAUUAAGUGGAUGAAGACGGGGGCGGAGCAACAACAGUACUGGCUUCUUAACAAGACAGACACUUAUGAUGAGAUGAGAGUUUCAGGAGAGGACUGGAUUCUGUUAAACACAAAUGCAUCAGGGUACUUUAGAGUCAACUAUGAUCUCCACAACUGGGAUCGUCUCCUUGCUCUGCUCAACACCAACCAUGAAGCUGUAUCAGUCAUCAACAGAGCACAGAUCAUAGAUGAUGCAUUCAACCUAGCAAGAGCAAAAAUAAUAACUACAACACUGGCCUUGAGAACAACCAAAUACCUGUCCAUGGAGAGAGACUACAUCCCCUGGAUGUCAGCUCUGGGAAACCUCAACUACUACAUCCUCAUGUUUGACCGCACUGAGGUUUAUGGAGCUUUACAGGCGUACCUGAAGAAACAAAUCCAGCCACUUUUUGAGCACUUCAAGAAAAUUACAGAAAACUGGACCAAAGUUCCUGCAGGACACACUGAUCAGUAUAAUCAGAUCAAUGCCAUUCAUGUGGCCUGCAGUACAAAUGUGGAGGGUUGCAGAGACCUGGUUAAAGGCUGGUUCAGACAGUGGAUGGAAAAUCCACAGAACAAUCCCAUCCAUCCCAACCUGAAGAGCAUAGUUUAUUGCAAUGCCAUAGCUCAUGGAGGAGUGGAAGAAUGGGAAUUUGCCUGGAAAAUGUUCAAGGAAACCUCUCUGGCAACUGAAUCCAACAAGCUACUAUCAGCUAUGGCCUGCUCAAGAGAACCCUGGCUUUUGAACAGGUAUCUGGAUUACUCUCUAGACCCGACCAAGAUCCGUAAACAGGACGCCACCUUGAUCAUCUUAUCCAUCGCUGGAAACGUUGUGGGGAUGCCGCUGGCCUGGAACUUUGUCAGAGCCAGAUGGGACUACCUUUUUGAGCAGUUUGGAAAAGGAUCAUUCUCCUUCAGUCAUCUCAUCAGUGGAAUCACAAUGAGAUUUUCCACAGAGUUUGAGUUGCAGGAGCUGAAGAAAUUUAAAGAAGACAACAUCGGUGUUGGUUUUGGCUCUGCUACCUUGGCCAUGAAGCAGGCAAUAGAGAAGACCACGGCAAACAUCAAGUGGGUGACGGAGAACAAAGCUGAUGUGCUGAAAUGGUUCACUGAGGAGUCCAUAUAAGGACACCAGAGCAGUUCAAAUGACAAGCUCUCUUUUUUCUGCACUGCAAGGGAUACAUAAUGAAUGUAAUCACUAUAAUCAUCUACUAGAAAUGAGUAGCCUGUGACAGGUGGUGACGUAAAAACAUGUGCCACAUCAUCUUUGAAGCAAACAGAUAAAUGAUGAACAGUAGAGCCAAUGGACCACUAAAUAUACAUUAUUUCAGUUGUGUAGUGCAAAGCCUUGGACUGUAAAUUAAGAUGUACAGAGCAACAGCCAUCUGGGAGUGAAGAAAGAAUAAAUAGAGCUGACUUCCUGCAGCCUAGUUAUAUUUUAAUAAGUUAACCCCAUGAUCAACAGCUCUGAUGACAAAUGCAGCAUCCUCAACUGGAUAAUCAGAGAAGAAGAGGUGAGGAGAGACAUGCCCAUGGCUUGGCUCCAGAAUAACCUCACCAUAAAAUUUCAAUUUAGAAGGAACUCACUCUUAGCUUUAUUUGUCAGUGUCUGUUGCAUGGAUGUUCUGGCUUCAGAUUAGUACACUAAGAGAGCUACAAGCACUGUUCAUUUUAAUAUUCCACCAAUGUGCAAAACAAAUAACCCAAGCCCUUACCUCCAGUCCAUAAAUGGCAUAAAGCACUGUUUUCCUUAGCUUGUAAGUGGACUAAUUAACCCUUAGGGGUCCACGGUCACGCUGGUGGGGUUUCAUCAUCAGCUAUUUUUGUCACAUGAUAGCAUAAAAACAAACUCACAUUUUGCAUUGUGAUCUCUUUUUUUGUGGAAAGCGUCAUAUUCAAACUCUCCUGUUUUUUGUUUGAUGUUAAUAGACCAAGUAAAACAAGAAAUCUGAUCAUUUGAAUUUGAUAUAAAAAUAAUUUUACACAUAGAGGACAGUGAACCUUACUGUGCAGGACUGGCACUGGUAUGUUUAUAAUGAUUUCAGCAUUUCUUUUAAAAAAGGACAAUAUAUCAAUUUAAAUAACAAUAAAAAUCCAUUUUUGAGAGGUUUAUGUGUUUUCUGAGGACCUAUAUCUAUUACAGUAAAUCACACUGAAACAUAGUUUUUAUUUCUUAAAGCUGAAGUAGUGCCAAAAAAAAAGAUGUCAAACAUGAGCAUGUUAUGCAUUUUCUGAGUGGUUUAUAUAUUAAAAAGAAAAUUAUUAACAAAAUGGCAAAAAUAGCCAGUGGACCACUAAGGGUUAAUAAAAUUGGAUAAAUGUUAAUUGUAUUGCUUUAAAAGUCAUCUACAAUAGCAAAUAUAAUGAAAAGGGCACAGUUGGAGAAAUACCAGACAUGUUUUAUGAACAUGUAUUCUGCUUUGCUUUUUGAAAUCAGCAAGAUGGUUAACUCAUUAUCGCACACAUAUCAUAAAAUAACAAUUUUUAUACACUUUAAAUGGCUUCAGCUCAUGUUUCUCAUGACCCUGUAUGCAGCAGUACAUAUCUUGGUCACUUCUGGCUUCAAACAGAGAUCAUGUUGACCCUGUUUAAAAAAACUUAAUAAAAAAAAAAUCCUUUUCUGAUUUGACAUUACCAGAAAAAUAUUGACCCUGCUUUUGGUUUGAUUUGAUAUCUCAGAAAACAUUUCCCCACAUUGUUUUAUGUUUGAAACACAGGACGACCUUCAUUUUGUAAUGUAAGAUGCUCAUUUAGGGUGUGGUAUGCUUUUGGCCUUUCUUACUGUUACGUGUGCCUGGCUCUGCAUGUUUCCUCUCUCCCUGCUCUCUCUGAUCUCCCUCCUCCCCCUACCUGUGUGGCUUCAGCACACCUGUGUGCUGUUAGCACUCAGGGUGGAGGAGGGGGAGUAUUAGAGUGGCAGGGGAGAGGAACAUGGCAGAGCAGAGCUGAGCUGAGCCAGGCACCGUGACACUCAUGGACAAGCGCGUUAGAAGGUUUGGUUUCAUUGACCUUCUCUUUUCGUUGAGUAUUAGAUAAUUCGGUUUAUCCUAGCAUUUUGGUUUACCUGUACUUUCUUUUCCCCCAUACAUGUUUAGAUUGUUGGGUUUUGUUAUUUUAGUUUGGCUGUAGUCGUUGGUAGUCCUAUUUUCUCGUUGUUUUCUUUUCUUGAUUGAAUAGUUAGUUCUUUUGAGUUAGGUAGUUUUAGUUAGGGGUGGUGGCUGGUCCAAUGGCCCAUUGUCUGGUUAGCCAGUCCAUCACCUCUCUUUUGUUCUUUUUGGCUUGGAUUUUGGAUUGUUGUUUUUGAAACUCAACCCCCUUUGUCUGUGUCCUUUUAUGUGUUAUGGUCUCAUUCAGUACCAGCCUUUUUUUUUUUUUUUUUUUUCUCUGGUCUAAAUUAAUCAUUUUUUAAGAGGCUGUAACACUUACAGUUUGAGCAAGGCAGCAAACAUGGUGACAUUUCAACCAGGACAGAAAUAUAGUAACGCAUACCCAACCAGUUUUCCCAGUACGGCCAGUACUGGUUCCAGAAAGAGAAUGGACAAAUGGGUCCAGAAUGGACAAAAGGGACAAAACAUACGAGAGGUUUGACAGCCAUGUCCAUUUUUUUUACAGUAUUUUGGCUUUGCUAAAACUCCUGUUUGGAUGAAUUAUUUUGCUCUUCGCUUGGAGCAGUUAAAGAUUUUAUAAAAAGUGACCUUACAAAUAAACAUGUCUUUUUAUGUUUUUA